CCGAUAGCGCUCUGGCAAACAUGGUGAACGUUCCUAAAACCCCCCGGACUUUCUGUAAGAAGUGUGGCAAGCACCAACCCCACAAAGUGACACAGUACAAGAAGGGCAAGGAUUCUCUGUAUGCCCAGGGAAAGCGGCGUUAUGACAGGAAGCAGAGUGGCUAUGGUGGUCAGACUAAGCCGAUUUUCCGGAAAAAGGCUAAAACUACAAAGAAGAUUGUGCUGAGGCUUGAAUGUGUUCAGCCGAACUGCAGAUCUAAGAGAAUGCUGGCUAUUAAGAGAUGCAAGCAUUUUGAGCUGGGAGGAGAUGAGAAGAGAAAGGGCCAAGUGAUCCAUUUCUGAGCUUCAUAUUUUGUU